AUUCAUUCCUAUACGAAGACGAUCACGAGGGCCCAUGUACCGCGAUAUUCUCUCCAGAGAAGGACCUUGUGUCCCUCGCGAACACCCUGAUUCCUAUGUUAAAUGCGCCCGAACACACCCAAAUCUUCUCCUGGAGGGGGCUCGAUGCGCAGUCGUGCGUAGAUCUUCUAGAUUCACUCAAGCAAAUUCCGAAUAUUUCGCGACGACAUCAGUCGAUUCUUGAAGAAGCGAUGUUCAAAGUUGCCAAACGCUCAGGAUACUGGCCGCGCCGCCUUGAGCUGCAAAACGUGCACAUCCAAAUGUGGAUUGGAGGCGGGUCCUUCGGCAAUGUGUUUCUGGGCAGCUCAAAGGGAGAGCUCGUUGCGAUGAAGCAGGUCAGGAUGCCUGCUACAGAAGGAGAUAGGGCUUUGAAAGCCUUUGCCAAGGAGCUUGUAAUAUGCUCGGUCCUUUGCCAUCCCAACGUGCUGCCUCUGCGUGGCGUAUUUCGGGAAGGAGUCACUGGCAGACUUUUUCUGGUAUCGCCUUACAUGGAAAAGGGUGACUUAUUGAGGCACUUUGGAAGGACGCCUCUAGAUAUCAUUGAUCGGCUCUCAAUCCUCCGCGACGUUGCACAAGCCCUGAGAUAUCUGCAUACAAGGGACCCUCCCGUUAUGCAUGGGGAUCUUAAGCCCGCAAACAUCCUGAUAUCCGCUUCCGGGAAUGCAUGCCUUUGUGACUACGGAAUGUCGUAUCUCAAGGGCGAUUUCGUCAACUGGUCCACGGCAUCGGGUGCCGGAAGCGGCGGCACGCUCUGCUUCCAGGCCCCCGAGCUCCUUCAGGGAGACUCGACAAUCCUUUGUUCCACUGAUAUCUACUCGUUCGGUUGCGUAAUUUACUGGCUGGCUUGUGGUUCAGUUCCAUAUUCGCGGACCAGACGUGAAUCCGAAGUGAUAAUGGCUCUAGCGAGGGGUGAGGAGCUCCUGCGCCCUCCUGGACAAAUGAGCGACGAACUCUGGACACUUUGCAGGCAAUGUUUGGAACGGAUUCCCGUCCUACGUCCGAGUGCGAUAGACUGCGUUCGCCGGCUUCGAGGCAGCGGGAUGGCAUUUACGUCCAACGCCUGGCCGUUGCUGUAUCCCUCUACAGUCGUUUAUUCUCCCUCAGGCUCGGCUUCCUGAGCGAUGAUUCGUGAUGUCUAGGUGCUCUUGGAGGGCAGCUAUUCCCCGAUCUACGCCCAGAAUGAGUUCUCUUACCUUUAUCACCCCGCUCCAGUCAGCUUGCUUGUUUUCGUAGCUAUUAUUCACGGGAGGCGGAUCUAACUAUCAUCCUUCACUGCAGGCUGGCGUUUUCUCCUCGUAGUUACUCACUGACUUCCAGCCACCAGCGUUCACUCUUGCUUCACUUACUUAUUCACUUCAAAGUUUCGUUUUGCUCACCUAGGAUGAAGCGCUCAGGAAGCGCUAGACCCUCGUGGCAUCCGAAACUUACCCCCCGCUAAGGGUAAUGAGCCAACCAGGCGUCAUGACAUCGUCGCCCUCGCCAUAACAUCGGUGCUGUUGAGCGGAAACCGACCUGCGUCACGAGCUGGUUCUCGAUGGUAUAGGUUGGCUGUACCUCCAGCUCCCGAUAAAGGCUGGGCGUCACGACGUCCCGUUCCAUGAUAUCGGCGCUGUUGAGCGGAAAACGACGUGUGUUAACUCGAAGAGCUGAUGCUCUGUGGCACGGGUCGUUUGUACCUCCAGCUCCCGAUCAGCCCUUGGUGCCACCUUCGGCUGUGCCUUUCAGCAUAUCCUACCACCUGGUACUCCGGCGUUGAUCGUCGUUGCAGAUACCUAGUAUGUAGAUAGGGGUAAACAUGGUUAGCCUACUGGGUAUAUACGAAUACACAUUGC